AUGGUUUCAAACGCUAGCUGUUUAGGUCUAACCUUUGCAAUUUUGGGAAUUUUCUUGGGUAAGUUACUACUCUCGAUAUUUCGGUUUCCUUCAAUUCUAAUUGCUCCCACUACAGAAAAAAACGGACAGUGGCGCUUCAUUCUCCUCAUUGGAGGGAUAAUUGGCUUGGUGCAAACAGUUGGGCUACUGUUUCUUCCCGAGUCCCCGUCGUCCUUGGUGGCCUCUGGAGACAUAGAACAAGCUAGGAAAGAGCUUAUCAGGAUCCGAGGCACUUCAGACGUCGAGGAAGAACUUGCCGGUUAUCGAAGCCAACCAGCUGGACCAUCUGAGGGAACAGACAACACCGAGCCCAUGGGUGAAAGUGACCCUCUCAUGCUCGAAGCCGGACCCACUCCCGAACCAGAGAACAACGAGGUCGGGCUGCUGGAAUUUGUGACCAAACGUGAAUACCGUUUCGGGUUUAUGAUUGUUGCUGGCGUGAUGUUGGCGCAACAACUUACCGGCAUCAAUGCUGUCGUUUUCUACGGCGUUUCGAUCCUAGAUAAUCUUCUCCCUAAUUCUGCCAAAUACCUCAAUGCAGCAAUCUCGGGGGUCAAUUUGUUGGUCACCUUGGUGGCAUCUUUCGUGUUCGACAGAGUGAGCCACGGGUUUUUGCUCCUAAUGUCCAUAUUUAUGAUGGCGUUCUUCUCGCUUGUUCUCUCAAUAAGCAUCUCAUACGGGUUAGCUAUCCUCUCUGCAGUUGCAACCCUACUCUUCGUCUCAUCCUUUUCUAUGGGCUUGGGUCCUCUGCCUUGGAUGGUGGCCUCCCGUAGGAUAGAACCAAGGGGUGUUGGUGCAGCACAGUCGAUUGCUUUGACUGCUAGUUGGAUCGGUACUUUCUUGGUCAGUUUCGCAGUUCCUGUGAUAGCGCAUGCUGUUGGGAUGUCGGCCGUUUUCGGGAUGUUUGCAAUCCUAGGCGGUGUCUUCUUCUGCUGGGGUCUCCGCUACCUGUAGCAUGGCCCUAUCAAAUGCCCGGGAAUUGGUGAUGGUUUCCAGACUUAGGGCAUGCUUUUCUUCUACCUGAUUUCCUUCUCUUUUAUUUGUGCACGAUGCGUGGAGAUACCUAUGCAGUGGCUCUUUUCGCAAUUUUUUUUGACCAUUGC